AUGGCUCCCUCCGCCAAGAACCUCGCAGGCACCUCUCGCCCACACGCCCACGCCAAAGCCCGCAAGGCCAAAACCCAGCAGGCGCGCGUUGCUCUCGCCAAUGCGAACCGCGUCGCAAAGCGCGAUGUAAGGCGCGGCGCCCGCCCUGGGCUACUUCCCAACAGCGGACCCCAAGCAGCAAUGAGCCGCAAGAAGGCGCGCAAGGUCGAGAAGGCACUGGCACACGCUGCGAAGAGGCGGGAGGAACAAGGGGAUGUUGAGGGCUUGGACGAGGACGAAGAGGCGGACGAGGAAUACAUUGAUGCGGAGGAUGAGGAGGAUGAAGCUGAGGUUGAGAUGGAAGAUGCUGUCGAGCCCAAGACGUCGAAGAAAUCGAAGAAGUCGAAGAAGGGGAAGAAGGCUGCUGCGACAACAACGGAUAUGGAGGUCGAUGAUAUCGCUUGAACAGCUCUCCGUGAAACGGGAUGGCUUAUAGAGAGGGAAGCGAGCCCCGGAAUGUACUCAUCAGGCCCGGGGCUUGCUUUGAUCACAAUGAUGUGCGCCCAAACAGCCUACUUCCCAGUGUUCUUACUAAUAAAUGAGCAGUGACGAACUUGGAAUUCGGUUUAUCGAUUCGUGCUGCGGCACCUUCAGAUACUUGGGCGAGAUGGUUUUGGUGGAGGCCAGCGUGAUUGAGCGCUCGAUUGCGUUCAGGAGUGCAAUCACAAGGUGUGCGAAAGUGGCAAACCGGACAAACAAAAAUCCCGGCAAGGCCGGCUCGUCUGUAAUCGACGACAACACCAUGGACCAUUCAUUACGACGGAGUGCUGUUUUGCCAUCUACAAGAUUCGAGCAACAAUGCCUAGUCGCACCAGAUUUAGCCACACCGCGUCGCCGUCACCGAAACACAGAGCACAUACAAUCACCACCCCUAACGUUUUCCAUUGAUAGCGUCGUG